AUGGGGGCAUCAAUGAUAACAUUGUUUAGCCACAAUUCAGACCCCUCCUUCUCCUCCUCCCUCCUCGACGCCAUCGACCGCUCCAUCGACGAAUCUGACUCCGGUAGCCUCACCCGCGGAGCACCAGACUUCAGCAAAACCACUACAAAAACUCGAUCACCGAUCGAUAGCCCGGUGACCACACUCAGCUACUACUCUUACUCCUCCGGCGCUGCUGACUCAGCAAGAUUCACCCGGCCCAAACCGGUCCGAAUCCAAACCAGAAAGAACCCGAUCCGAAUAGACCCGCUACCGCCGGAACCCUUAACCCUAGCCAAAAAACCCCCAGAAGAAGGCUCGCCGAUUUCAUUGAGAUCCGAAAAAACCGAAGAUCUCCGAUCCCGUCGACGGAGUCUCGCUGCCGCCUCGCCCUCGCCGCGAUCUGCUCGUCGUCGUGUCGUGCGUACUCCCGCGUCGCUGCUCAGCAAGACGCCGUCGACCCGAGGUUCUAAGAGGCCGGCGAGAUCGGUGAGGUUUUCGCCAGUCGGAGUGAUCGUCGGAGAGGACUGCCGGCCGUGCGGCGAGAAGGCCGUGUUCGACGGCGAGGAGGCGGCGGCGGAGGAGAGGAGGCGGAGGCGGCGGAGGGCGGUGGAGGAGAUGAUGAAGGGGUUUGAGGAGAGCGGAGAUGAGAGCGACGGGAGUGAUGAUUUGUUUGAGCUCGAGAAUUUGGGAGGGGUUAGCAUUAAUGGAGGGUUAGGGUUAGGGUUUAGGGAUGAGCUGCCGGUUUUUGGGACGACGGAUUUGGGGAUGAAUUGUGCAAUUGCGAAAGGGCUUGUUGUGUAAAAAAGUUGAAUGUUUGCGUGUUAACUUGUUAGAGUUGAUGAGUUUU